AAAGAGCCUGCCGCUUGUGCCCGGUCGUGGUGAGUGUCUCACGGCUUGUUUCCGAUUUGCGCUGGCAGAGAGAAUCUGAUCGCUGCCAACAUGGCCAAGAUGCCACAGAUGAUCGAGGAGUGGCGGCGGGAAAAGGCAGCGCGCAAGGAGAAGGAGCGGGAGGACAAGGCCCGGAAGGAGCGGCUGCUGGCUGAGGUCCAGGAGCGCUUUGGUCACAAGGUGGACCCCCGCAGCACCAAAUUCCAGGAGCUGCUGCAAGAGAUGGACAAGAAACAGCGCAAGGAACUCAAGCUGAAGAAGAAACAGCUGAAGGAGGAGGCCAGGAAGCAAGCUGCUGAUGCUGCCACCACUGCCCCAGAAUCUGCCCCUGCCUCAGCUGAGGGGGCGGAAGCAGCAUAAGGGAGUACACGAUCUAGAAUCCUCAGAUUGGGAGCCAUGGUUGUCCUGAACUUAAAUUCUGUUCCCUGCGAGUGCUGGACUGGGGCUGAGCAGGGGAGGUGGCAGCUCAGAUCUGGAAUGCUAGUCGUGCUUCUUGGAACAACAAGUACCCACCACUGGUCAUUCUACCUGGGGGUCAGCGGCAGGGAAAAGGGCACUGCACAGCCAGGCCAGCCCCUGAAGUGUGCCAAGAGGGGUGGACAGCUUCCCCCCCUCCAUGCUUGUACACCCAGCCAGCUCAGGACGGGCUCUCCAGCCACCCCCAGCUGCAUUCAGAUCUGCGCUUGGGCCACCUCACGGAGGUUGAGAGAGGCACAGGGAGGUCAUUGGAGGAUCCUGCUCAAAAGCCCCAGGCUCUUCCCCUCCUCCCUCCAGCCACCAUUCAGUUGUGUAACCGCUAGGCUCCUUUCUCUCCCAGCACAACCGGUUCUGUCCCUUCCAAGUUGGUGGCCUGAAAUCCCUGUACUUGUAUGUUGAAAUAAAAGGCUCUGACGAGGA